AUGUCCAUGGCGGCCAAAGAUUCAUUGGAACAUACACCAAGUUGGGCUGUUGCCACCGUCUGCUUCUUCAUCGUCUCCGUUUCUAUCUUACUCGAGCACUCCAUCCACCUUCUUACCAACUGGCUCAAGAAGCAUAGAAAAACAGCACUGAUUGAUGCUGUCGGCAGGCUUAAAUCCGAGCUUAUGCUACUAGGGUUCAUGUCCCUUCUACUGGCAGUGACUCAAGAGCACAUUUCGAAAAUAUGUGUCUCGACUAAAGUGGCUGACAUUAUGCUUCCAUGUCGCGAGGCAGACUACAGAGCGUCGUUACAGAACAUGAAAAUUCACGAACAUUUGAAUGUUGGUUUUCUUGAAAACGUUCGAUUAUUCAAUAAUAUUUCGGAACAUAAAAAUAUAUACAGGCGAUUAGAUGCUGAUGACAAGAUCCCUCAGAGUACCAAUGCUACUGAUUCGUGCACUAAAGGAAAGGUAUCUUUGGUGAGCCAAGAAGGGGUUCAACAGCUUCAAAUAUUCAUAUUUGUAUUAGCAGUUAUGCAGAUUCUAUAUAGUGUCCUCACCAUGGGGUUGGGAAGGGCCAAGAUGAGGCGUUGGAAAGCUUGGGAGAAAGAAACUCAAUCGGUCGACUACCAAAUUGCAAACGAUCCGAAUCGAUUUAGAUUCACAAGGCAGACGACAUUUGGAAGACGACAUAUAGCAUGUACAGAAACAUCGGUUCAACUGUGGAUUAAAUGUUUUUUCAGACAAUUCUUCAAUUCAGUGGCAAAAGUUGAUUACUUCACCCUCAGACAUGGUUUCAUCACAGCUCAUUUGUCUGCAAGGUACAACAAUUUCGACUUCCAAAAGUAUAUAGAGCGUUCGUUGGAUGAAGAUUUUAAAGUCGUGGUUAGCAUCAGCCCUCUUAUGUGGUUUCUAGUUGUCGUCUUCAUGCUGGUGGAUAUUCGUGGUUGGCAUUCAUAUCUUUGGAUAUCGUUCGUUCCACUUUUGAUCGUGCUAUUACUUGGAACUAAACUUGAAGUCAUCGUUGCAAAGAUGGCUCUUCGACUCAAAAACCAGAACAGAGUUACUGUAGGAGCCCCUUUGGUUGAACCCAAUGAUGAUCUCUUUUGGUUUGGACAGCCAAAAUUUGUUCUAUAUCUUGUGCACUUGACGCUUUUCGUGAAUGCAUUUGAGCUGGCUUUUUUCGUUUGGGUCACCAUAGAAUUUGGUUAUGAUUCUUGUUACCAUGAACACGAUGCGAUUAUUGUCACCAGAAUAGUUUUCGCGGUGGCAGUCCAAGUUCUUUGCAGUUACAUUACUCUUCCACUCUAUGCGCUUGUGACACAGAUGGGUUCUCAAUUCAAGAGCAAGACACUCGAGGAAAAAAUAGCGACAAUUUUAAAGACAUGGCACGCCGAUGUUAGAGAAAAGAGGAAGAAACGAGAACAAGUAGUUAUGGAAUCUCCAAGAACUCAUUUGUCAACGGCUCCAGAACUGACCAACGAAAGUCCAGCCGAAUUUUCUUGGUUUCAACUCCCGCCUUCUUCAAUGCCUAUUGAAAUGAACAGUUUAUCAACGGACGAAAUUGUCGAAGAAGAAGAGAAACAGUAA